AGAUGACCCUUUUCCGUCCAUAAAAAAUGGCUAACUUCGUUAAUCUAAAUUCGGCGAGAGUAAACUCUGGCCAUAAAUACAAUAGAUUUCGAUUAAUUACUAGUGUCUUUGUGACAAGCUUGUAUAAAACAUCGUUAUUGAUCAAGGGUCGAUUUUUGAAGGAUAUGUUGGCUUUGGCUAUGAUACUUUAACUUCACCCAUGUUUUAUCCCGUUGAAAAUUUGCUGUAAAUUCCAUCGCUAGAAGUAAUCGCUACUAGUCCAGUUGCUGCUCUACAUAUCGAUAUUACUGAGAAAUAAUCAGCCUAUCUGGUAUCACCACAAUGCCUUUUGCAUCGUUCAAAAAUAUUCAAAAGAGAUUUGCGAGAAUUCACAAAGAACGAUCUCAACCUCAACACCGACGACAUCUAGGACUCUUACCGAAGAAAAAAGAUUUCCAAAUUAGAGCUAGGGAUAAAGAGUCGAAAAAUGCUAAAAUAAAAGAGUUGAGAAGUAAAGCUUUGAAUAAAAACACCGAUGAAUUCUAUUUCAACAUGUGUAAUUCUCGUUUCGAUGCAGAAAAAGGACAUAUCCCUUUAAAUGUGGAGAAAAGUUAUUCAGACAAUGAAAUUAAAACAUCUUUUUCAAAGAAUAUUACACACCUGCAAUAUGAAUUGCAAAAAGAAAUGUCUAAGAUACGUCAGCUAGAGUCAAAAACUAAUCUACUGCAAAGCGAAUUAAAAAAAUCAAGAAAAACUCCUAAACAUAUUGUUUUUGCAGAAACCUAUGAUGAAAUGAUAGAAUUACGUCGUUCGUAUGCAGACAGAUUACAAAAAAUGGAUGAAGAUGUUGGGAUUGAUGAAUCUUCCAGUGAUCCGUGUCAUCUUGAUGAUGUCUAUGCUCAACGGUGUAAUGCCUAUAAGGAAUUAGCUGAACGUUUAGAAAGAGCUAAGCAAUUAAAGUAUCUUCUACGACAACAUGAGGCUAAAAAUAAUCUUAUGGCUAAUUCAUCAUCUAAAAGGGGAUAUAAAACAGUUUUCAAAGGAAGUAAAACAGCUCCACCUAUCUACGAAUUUGAACGUGUGCGAAAUCGAUAAGUUCUAAUGUCCCUACCAAAAAAGAAGAACACAUACACACAGUUAAUUUGUACGGCUUUUACAGCUAGUUCGUAUAAUGUAUAUACUAAAAUAUAUUUCUCUUCAACA